AUGUUUGGGAUACUACGUCCUAGUGCUAUCCUCAAAUCUGUAGGACCUAUUCGAUCAUUAUUUCCAACGGUAAACGAUUGCCUAAAACUUUUCGAGGGCGGUUCUUCUCCUCAAGCAGCAGAUUUGUACAACGCUCUCAGAUACCUAACGCAAACUCAUGUUAAUUCCAGGGAUGCACUCAAUGAUAGCAGAAUUUCGGACUUCUUAAACCAUGUGGAUACGGCUAUACCGACUUUAAAUACAUCAUACCUCGGAAAUUAUGCUCUCCGAAUGAAAGCAUUGCUUCAAGUUGCACGUAUGACAAAAAAUGAAGAAACUAAACAGAAAGCACUCAAAAUCAUUGAAAAUAUUGCAGCAAGUAUCUUGGAGAAAGAUGCCCCUGCAACGGAUCUUGCAAAAGUAGCGUAUGUAGCAGCUCAAGCUGGUGUCGACAAUCCACAGCUUAAUGAAUCUGCAAAACGUAAAGUUACUCUACAAAUCGACAAUAUCCCACCCAAUGUGCUGAACAUGGCCUUAACUUUGGGACGCCAAGCAGAUAGUGAUCUACGUGUCUUUACUUCUCUCUUAGUAGAAAAACUUACAGAACUUACGGACAGAUUUACAGCCGAAGAUGUCGUAAAUACUAUCAAAACGCUUGCCGAUAAAAGAAUUCUAAAGGGGUUUCUGUUACGCAGGCUCUCCACAUUGAUAACUGAUAAUUUGGAUCAGUUUUCAAAACAGCAGUUAUCUUUAUCUCUUCUGGGACUUGCUGAGUGUAAAUUUCUUACGCACGCUUGCUUCAUGGAUGUAUUUAGUUCACUCAGGCCGCAACUGAAUGAAUUAAACGUUUCCCAAAAAAUUCUGGUGGCGUAUGCAGGUUGCUUUGCAAAUAUUGACCCUAAUAAUAAAAAUAUGCUCGAUUUGGUAAAAUCCAUAGAUUCCACCAUACACCUGGACUCUCUGGCAGCAAAAUAUAUUUAUUCUUGUGCUUACUACAAGCAUUAUGAGCAUACUCUUCAAGAAACUUUAGAUAAAAUUUUGUCGAAGGAGUUAAGAUUACAAACAAGAGAAUCCCUUUUGCUCAAGGAGGCAAUAGAUGCAAUUUCCAAUGAUACGGAUUCGAUAACGGUUACAAUAACCAACUCCGUGGAAAAUUGGUUUGAUAGAUGCGAGGAUUUUAAAAUGAAAUUACUUGAGGGAAACCGAAUGUUCAGCGAUGUUAAAAAGAUUCUAAGUGACUCUGACCUUCAUUUUGAGCCACUCCAAAGGGUUGGACCUGUUUUGGUAGACCUGGUAGAUCAUGAAAAUAAAAGAUGUAUAAUGGUUGAGGUUCCCAUAAUUUACAAUGAUCAUACUUUAAAUACGAGACUCCUCGGGAAAUUGGGAUAUCGUUGCCACGUGGUAAGAUAUUGGGGCUGGAGACAAGCCUCAAGCCAGAGGGAGGAACUAUGCUGUGUUUUCAGGCUAUUCGAUCGGAAUCGCGAGGGAAAACUUUCUCUUACACAAUUUAAGCAGAUGUUACAAGCAAUUGGUAUAUAUCUAACAAAACAAGAGCUAGAAUUCCUGGAAUAUGAGGGACAUAUAAGAGGCGGAUUCAGUUUGCAGGAUCUUUAUGCCAUAGGAGAAGUUUUCUAUAAUGAUACAGUGAUAAAGGAAAAAGUAAAGCAGUCCCUGAGGAGCCAUUUUCCAGGUUCUACAAAAAUAAGCAAAGAAACGUUGGAAAGGCUACUCAUUACUUUAGGAGCACAACUAAGGGUUGGAAGGUCCGAAGUUCAGCAAUUUCUAAAGUUUUACGUUGGAGAUGGCAGAGAGGAUAUGGAUUUCGACAGAUUUAUAGAACUAGUAUUAUCGGAGUGA